AUGUCCCGAAACCCUCUGCUGUUGAUGCGCUCUUCGCCCGCCUUAGGGACCGGUUCCUACGGCGCAGUGCCACUCGUCAGUAGCACAUCGAGAUCAGAUAUAGGCUCAGAAGACGACGAAUUUGAACAUAUUCCACGGAGAAGCAGUAAGAGUCGGGGCAAAAGGGUACAGUCUGCCCAUGAUGCGGCGGACAACCGUGGACACUUUGCAGAUGCUCGUCGACGUUUUCGCAGUACAGAAUGGCCGCGUAGGAGGCAGUCAUCCUCUGCCAGCGAUAUUGGCAUGGGCCUCGAUGCAAAAACAUCCUUUGCUGUCAACUCUGGUAUAGACGAGGACAAGGCCGAGUCCUCGAACGCAACCACGUCUGAUGACACAGGGUCGGACUAUGAGGAAGAAUACAUAUCUACUGCCGAGGACCCUCCCGAUAACUCUCCCUAUCCCGAGGUUCGAGCUUCGGUGCCUGCAACGGACAACACCACGUUAUCCAUAAGCACACCGCGUAUGUGGACGCUAUCAAUGCUCUUCGCCAUAGCAGGAUCUGCCACGAACCUUUUCUUCUCAUUGAGAUAUCCUAGCGUCGCAAUCACACCCGUCAUCGCGCUGGUUCUUGUUCAUCCCAUGGGUAUAUUGUGGGAUCUCCUCUUCAAGAGGGGAUCCGAUCCAGAAGAGCAAUAUAUCGAGGGUUCGCUUCAGACGACUAAGUCGCCGCCUCCACGAUCUCGUGCGCACCGAUCACGGCUUUGGCUGGCUCAAGGCCGCUGGAACGAAAAAGAACAUGCAUGCGUAUACAUAUGCAGCAACGUUUCUUUCGGGUUUGCCUUUGCCACUGAUGUGAUAGUGGAACAGCACAAAUUCUACAAGCAGGAUGUUCCAAUACUCUAUCAAAUCCUGCUGACUAUUUCGACCCAAAUUCUGGGUUAUGCUUUUGCAGGUCUUACGAGACGAUUUUUGGUUCGCCCGGCCGCUAUGAUUUGGCCGGGCACAUUAAUGUCGACAGCAAUGUUUACGACGAUGCACAGGAAUGAGAACAAGCCUGCCAAUGGAUGGAUGAUUUCGCGAUAUAGGUUUUUCAUCUAUGUCUGGGCUGCAGCAUUUGCAUGGUAUUUCCUUCCUGGACUCUUGUGUCCAGCGUUGAGUUAUUUCAAUGUCAUCACAUGGUUUGCGCCGAAAACUGUUGUUGUUUCCAACUUAUUCGGAGUCGCUUCAGGGUUGGGGCUCUUCCCUCUGACCUUCGACUGGGCCCAGAUUGCCUACAUCGGCUCACCGCUGCUGACUCCAUGGUGGGCAGCCGCCAACGUCGUUGGGGGACUGGUCCUGGUGAUGUGGAUUGUCGCUCCGAUAUUAUACUACAAGAACAUCCUCUUUUCAGGAUAUAUGCCUAUCUUGUCCUCGGCAGUGUUCGACAAUCGAGGUAAACCUUACGAUGUCAGCAAGAUCCUCACGUCCGACUUCUUGUUUGACAAGGACGCCUACGAGAACUACUCCAAAGUCUACCUACCAAUUACAUACGUAUUGUCGUAUGGCGUACAAUUUGCAUCGCUGUCCGCAUUGUUGACGCACACAACAUGCUGGCAUGGUCGCGACAUAAUACGACAAUCAAAGCAAGCAUUCAAUGAGAAGCAUGAAAAGAACUCCGUGGACUAUCAAGCUGUUCCCCAUAAUGAGGACGACAACAGCCUGCGCAGAGUUGACUCUCAAACCAUCCGAUCCGGAGCCGAUGAUGUCCACAGUCGACUAAUGCGGCGAUAUCAAGACGUGCCGAUGAUGUGGUAUGGUCUUACUUUCGUCGUCAUGAUAGCCGUUGGCAUGUUUGUUGUUGAAUACUACCCAGUCCAUCUACCCUGGUACGGAUUGUUGCUGGCUUUGGGUAUCACCACCGUCCUGUUCAUCCCUGUUGGAAUUGUCAUGGCCAUCACAAACCAGCAUAGCAGUCUAUAUUUGAUCUGCCAACUCAUCUGCGGCAUGGUCUUUCCAGGUCGUCCUGUGGCAAAUAUGGUGUUCGUCACCUAUUGCUACAUCAGCUCAGCGCAGGGCAUCAAAUUUUCCUCGGACCUCAAGCUGGGUCAUUACAUGAAGAUUCCUCCAAAGCUACUCUUCAAAGUGCAGAUGGUCGCCACACUUGUGUCGAGUCUUGUGCAGAUUGGAGUGUUGAACUGGAUGUUCCUGUAUAUUCCUGGCCUGUGUACACCUCAGGCGAUCAACGGCUUCAAUUGUCCCAUUGCACGUGUGCAUUUCAAUGGCAGCAUUUUGUGGGGUGUCGUUGGCCCACAACGGUUCUUCGGGCCUGGAGCAUUGUAUAGACCUCUUGUCUGGGCUUUUUUGAUUGGCUUCAUUGCGCCAAUCCUGGUGUGGUUGAUGGGCAGGGGCAAGAAGAAGACGAUAUGGCGGAAGAUCAAUCUGCCGGUUCUCUUUGGCAGUUUGAGCUGGAUUCCACCGGCUACUGGUCUCAACUUUUCGGUCUGGGCUGUGGUUUGCUUCGCGUUCAACUAUGUGGUGAAGCGAAAGGCGACUCCGUGGUGGGGCAAAUAUACCAUGACCAUGUCCGCGGCACUAGACUCGGGACUAGCGUUCUCGCUCUUGGUCGUCUUCUUCGGGAUUGUAUAUCCUGGAUGGAUGGACAACUUCAAGUGGUGGGGGACCGAGAUAUACAAGCAGGGCUGCGACUGGCAGGCUUGCCCUUGGAUUAGCCUGGGACCUGGAGAGAAGUUUGGUCAAUGA